AUGAACUGCGCAAGAGACAAAUAUAAAGGUGAAACAGAACGAAACAAAUUGUAUUUUAAUACAUCUUGAAGUCAAAAUGUGGUGUUACAAAACCUUAUUCUCCAUUUUUUUGUGUUUUACAACAUUUAUAUUUGAAUUUCUUUCAGCGACUCAGUUUCAGUCAAGUAUUGAAAGAGUGUCACAAUCUCAGUUAGAUUGUUCAGAAUUGUCUCGGUCUCCGUCAGAUUGUUCAGAAUUGUCUCGGUCUCCGUCAGAUUGUUCAGAAUUGUCUCGGUCUUCGUCAGAUUGUUCAGAAGUGUCUCGGUCUCAGUCAGAUUGUUCAGAAGUGUCUCGGUCUCAGUCUUAUAUCAUUUUAAAGACUGCUGUACAAAAUGUGUCUAUGCAAGUUGAGUAUGUAAGUGACAAGAUAAAAUCAGUUAGGAUUGCUGAAAAUACGUAUGUAAUAUAUUCUUACUCACAGUUCAUUUAUUUUGAAAGCAAAUUGAAUCUAGUGUACAUAGUUUUAAACUGUGAAAUUGGGGCUUGGCUUCGAUAUAAGUUGAUUAAAAUCAUAGAACAUUUUCCGGUUUUGUAUGAAUCAAAUUUUACAUACUCUAUCGUUAAUUUCUCCUUAAUUCACUAUACAGACAUUUUUAAUGAACUAAAGAAAAUCGAUAAAAUUGUUAGUCAUUCCGUAGACAUAUUAUUCAAGUUAAUAUUUAUUAAUACAUUAGAUACUUUCAGUGACACAACUAUUUUAAAAACAUUAUUGAGAUUUAUAUUCGGAUAUAAUUUUUUACUAAAUAUAUUCAGUGAUGGAUUUCAGGAAUAUCAAAUCGAUAAUAUGUUUAGGAGAAAAUCAGACAUAUUUGUAAGUAAUGUAUUCCUCGAAAUAAUAAACUCAACUCAAAAUUUUGCCUUCCUGAAUUGUAAUUAUUCGCCGUAUUACAAUGAUAAAGUGUUUUAUGGGUUUACAAUGAGUGAUACAGAGGACCAGAGUUUCACAAAUAUUUUGGAAAUUCUAGAUUUUAAAUUGAAAGGGUUUCAAAGCAACUGUAGUAUUAAACAAUGGCUGCUAAUAGAAAUAAUUGAUUUAAACAUUGACAAUAUUCAUGUGAAUACAAUUUAUGGUGAAAAACCAUUGAGAAUAAUUAUUCAAAAAAUUCAACAAACAAACGACUUUGAGUUAAUACUCUGGUACCAGAAUAUUAUUUUAAAGACAUUUAUUAAACUAUUAAAUGAUAGAAUAAUAAAAUAUUUAAAUUUGCAUAAAUUGCCGUUUGAUAAAAGCAUAUUACACAAAUUGAAUAAAAUAUUUAAUUUAUUAUUCGAAUAUGAUAAUUUACCGAAAACUUUAAGGAAAUGUAUCAAGGAAUCUCGGAAUGAAAUUCAUAUCACAUCUAAUAAUAAUGGGAUAUAUAAUACAUGUUUAUCUGAUUAUGUCGAUGAAAAUCAAAAAGAGUUUGAAAUAGUUAUAAGUGACGUAAGAGAUUCAAUGACAUCACCAAAACAAAAAUUAAAAAAUUUUUUGAGAAACAUAAUGGACGUUUUUGAUAGUUUCACUUGUUUCUUCCAGCUUUAUCAGCUUUUAAAUCAUGAAUUUAAUUCAUAUUUUUACAUACCAUACAUAAAAACUCAUAAAAAAAUUAACGAUUUUAUACGAGCUAUUAAUAAUCAAUCAACCCAGCCUCCAAGUGUCACAAAUGUAUACGACAAGUAUUUUGGAUGUUGUAGAUAUGCAAAAGGCUUAUAUCAAGCUUGUUUUGAAGUUACAGUAAAACUUAACAAUUCAUCCAUGGAAUCAAUUGAUGAGCUUGAAAAAUUAUUUCUCGAAGCUGACGCUAUUCUUACAAAGGUAGAACAAUUUAUUGUACAAGUCAUUAGAGAAGUCGAUUUUUCUUUUGUUACAAUACUUUAUCAAAUACUACCUCUAUUGCAAAUUUCAAAGACACAAUUAUUCAAAACUAAAAACUUGUAUGAUUCAGUACGACUAGUGCAUGUUAUUAUGAAUUUGUUAAAUGAUUACGGUCUCGAAUUCUGUAAACCACCAGACUUUAAUUUUAUGUUGUUUAAUAACAUGGAAUUUGGAAGUAUUGGUCGACUUAAAAUGAUCUUCAGUGAAAUAGAAAAAUCAGUUACAGAUAUUAAGAAGUUUCAUAAUCAAUAUGUUCAAAGUGUUCAUAGUUUACAAGCUGUAUACACGGCAUAUUAUCAAAACGAACGAUAUUUGUCUUCGUAUGAUGAAAUAAUUAAAGUUUAUUGGAAAGGAGAUGCCACGUCAUUAAAAUCGAUUUGUGAAUUCACCAUAAAAAAUAUAACUCUACAUCCGUAUAAACUGUAUAAAUUCUAUGAUUUAUAUUUUAGUUUUACACUUGCGGUAUUAUAUUUUGAAAUAGACAGUUUACGAAAGGAUAUUGUAGAAAAUAUAACAGAUGGCUUAUGUUCAGAAUUUAAUCAGUUACUAAACAACUACCCCAUUGAAAACCUUUUCCCAGAUAAAUUCGAUGAAACUUCACAUAGACUUAAUCUUUUUAUUAUUACUAUUCUUUCAACGAAAAAAUGCAAAAUAUCUGAAACGGAUAUUGAUGAAGUGUACAAUGAUUUACCACUUGAUGAACGUUAUUCACGAUUGCAGACAGAUAUUAAGCAAGAUCUACAAAGUUUGGACCUUCAAAUUUUGUUUGAGUUAGCUCCAGUAAACCAUACACCCUACACCAUAUGCCAACAAGACAAUACACCAUCUAAACCUAAAGAAUGUAAAAUAUCAUUUAAAAAAUUAAUUAGUCAGCCUAAAAAACCUGAAAAAUCAACAUCUCUAACUAAAAUAGACAACCAAGAAAUGUCUGCUUUAGCUAUUAUUCUUUCAGCAAUACAAGCGGCUAUGGAUGGAUUUCAAGUUUAAAAAUAAAAUUUUGAAUACAAACAUUUUGGUAUAAACACAUCUGUAAUAACUUGUUGCAAUUAGUUUUGUUUUUUUUUUUUAAUUUUAAAACACAGUUUUCACAACCAUAGUAAUAUAGGCGUAUGUAACUUGUACAAUAUAAUUUUUUUUUUAAAUAAUUAUUCUAAUUUAGUCUUAAAAUUAUAUUUAAAUUGUUUCCUUCUUAAUAUAAUUUUUAUUGAUUAUGUACCUAUAUAACAUUUUUGAGUUUAUAAUAACAGAUUUGCACAUUAUAAUUACGUGAACUUCGAAUACUUAUUUUGUAUUGAAUUUAUAUAAGUGUUAUAGUUAAACUUAUGAUUAUAAUUUAUAAUCAUAAGAGAAAUCCCUAUACAAUUGAAUUUUUUAAUUUUAAUCUUAAAUUGGCCAAGUAAUAUAAUAAAUAAAAAUAAUUGUGAUACUAAAAUACUACUACUUCAAUUGUACAAAAUAUCGUUUAUUUGUUGGUAAUCUGGCAUUAUUAUAUGUGUUACAAAAUGUUUGUAUUCAAAUGAUAUUUUUAUUUUUUAUUCAUUGCACAUUAAUUGUUUUCUAUCGAAUAUUAUCGAUACAAACUGUAUCGUUUACACUAAUGUUAUCUCGCACAAACACUAUAAAAGUUAUUCUUAUUGUAUAAUUCCAUUUUAUAACAACUCAUGUAAAUAUCGUG